AUGUAUUCUGAGGUCGAGGUCCCAGAGUCGGUCUUACUCUUCCUCUUUAUCGAGCAGCUGUCCGGUGUUGGGAUUGGACGCAGUGGUUGACGGUGCAGAAACAGCCCGUCCACGUGUGUCGAACACGACCUGGCCAGGCAUCAAGUCGCGCUAAAAGACAUGUUCCUCAGUCAAGUAAGUGAGGCACGUCCUAUCGGUGUGUAGGGUAUUGUUAGGCGGGUUCCUGCGUGGUGCAUGAGCUAGUGGUGGGGAUGGACUCUGGCGGCGCGUUGUCGGGAAUGCGCAGCCAUAUCAAAUGCCAAAAUUUGGGUUUGGUAACACGUCCAUAUGGAUAUUGAGAUCUGUGCUAUGAUUAUAAAUCCUGGCUCAUGUAUGUUGUGGAUAGAGGGGUGUGGUGGUACGCAUAGGUACGGUCUUCCUUCGUGUAAGCCACCUGCAUCCCUUCCCGUCUCCUGUAUUCUUUACUCUGUCUUGUCACCGGAUCAAAGUUAUAGAGGAGGAGGAGGAGGAGGAGGAAGAGGAGGAGGAGGAGGAGGAGGAGGAGGAGGAGGAGGAGAAGGAGGAAGGAGUGCCGUGGACGUAUCGCAUGCCUACUAUCAUCAUAAAUUAA